CACAGGUAGGCACCAGGAAGGAUGUUUUUCUUUUUUACCAGGGCAAGAGAGGAAGCAGACGCCAUUUUAUUUGUUUACCUGCUUAAAUGGAAAUAAUCCGCAUAAACUCUACGCUUGCCUGGACAUUGGACUUAUUUUUCCCUGCGUAAGAUUAUUUCCGGAGGUGCCUCAGUGGCCAUUUGAUUUUUAUUUUGUUUUAUUUUUAGUUCUUUUUUGUUUGAUUUAAAUUGAGGACAAAUCGUCAGUACAAUAAAUAAUCAGGCUAUUACGGUAACUUCUUGCAGGUAAAGUUCUUAAAGUAUCUGAAGCCUCCUUAUUCUUCAGUGAGUCAGCUCUGUUGAUCUCGGUUCCAUUUUCCCGUCAUUCAGUGAAGAAUCGAAAGUGAAAGCAGCCUGCAGUCUGCGGAGCUCCGCCGCUUCUUACUUCAGUCUGUCGGUGUGUUUUGUACCGGACGGCAGGAUGGCUGACACCGGGUGUCCGCCGCUGAUCGUGGAGGGGGACUGGAGUCCGGCUCAGAACAAAACCAUGAAGAACAAACUGCAGCUGUACUUCCAGAGCAAGAAGAAGUCCGGCGGAGGAGACUGCCGCGUGGAGGCGGAGGACGGAGCUCCGAGGGCUGAAGUGUACUUCAUAUCAGAGGAGGUGAGAGAGCAAGUCCUCGCCAGGACAAACCACGAGAUCGUCCUGGAGAACCAAACUGUCAAGUUACGUCUGAUCUCUGCGUCGAGCCUGAAGGACAGCGACGACGCCUCAGAUUCAAAGACAAAGACAAAGUCAGAAGUUAAGCCUGGAGGUGGAGCUUCAGCAGAGAGCAAAGAGGAUAAAGAUACCAAGGUGGAGAAGGUAACGUCCGUUCAGAGCGUCGCUGUGGUGUUGGAAAACGUGGACAGCAUGUCCAGAGAUCUGCUGUCCAUGCUGGUGGAGAACAUCUCAGGUUUGGAGGACAGCGCCUACAGCCUGGAGAUCAUCUGGGAGACCAACAGAGCCGUGAUCACCUUUAACAGCCCUGCAGAUGUGGAGAAGUUCCUCACUGUGAGUCAGUCCAGCCAGAAGCUGCAGAAAUACGGACUGACCGCUCGGCCGCUGGAGGCUGCAAAGAGCGUCCGACUGGAGAGUCUUCCUCCGACUGUGACCAAAGAUGUGUUUGAGCUGUAUUCUGAGAAGAGCUGGUCUCUGCCGGACAAUAUUGUCAUGAUCCCGAGUGAACAGGCUGCCAUUGUCACUUUCAGUGACCCUAAAGUUGUGGAAAGCAUUUGCACAAAAGACAACUAUGUGAUUUGCUCCACUACUGUCAAGGUGUAUCCAUACUACGAGUCCCUGGGCACCGCCUUGUACGGCAAAGAACGACCUACAUGGAAGCUGCCAGAGCCCUUCACGGAGAGGGUUCAUCCUGCUGUCUGGAAAUUCCUCCAGAUGAAGAAACAAUUAAAAAUCAUCAACGAUCAGAUGAGUCUGCACUUCUGCAGUGUGGACUUGGAUAACCCUGAGGUGAAACUCAGCCCUCUGCCGAGCUUUUUAAGGCAGAAAGGUCUGACUGCCAAACAUUUAGAUAUGUGGAUGAGUACCGCCCAAGAGGCCUUCCGUCAGCAAAUGUCUCAGUACACUGCCUUUGAAUGUCCAGUGGACACACCUGCAUGGAAAGCUGCAGAGAAAGAUGUCCGUUCGGUUAUCAGGAAAGAUGCCGUUCUGGUGAUGGAUGCAUCCAGGGGGGUUUUGGUUGUGGCUGGCCGAGCUGAUGAUAUAAAACAAUUCAGGGCUCCUGUGGAGAACAUUGUUCUCAAUGCCAUGAGUCAAAUUAAACGGCAGACAGAUGGUGUCUCUGAGAAAAUGGAUGUGUCCCCUGCAAUGUUGUACAUCCUACAGCAGGAAGGGUUGCAGAAAGCUGCACUGAACAUUUCCCCUGACAUGAACCUCUCCUAUGAUGGAGGAACCCAGAAGUUAACCAUUACAGGACUUCCUGCAGAGGUUUUCCAGACUAAGGCGUGGAUCUUGCAGAGGAACAUGGGUAUGUGUAAAAAACCAAUGAAUGUCCCUCCAUGUCUUUUAGACUUUCUCAAGACUGUGGAUCCCAUGGAGAUGUCGCAGGACUUGUUCACAUCCCAAGGCAUCAGUGCCAUCUACAGCAUUGAGGACAAAGGGGUUAUGCUGUUAGGGAGUUCAGAGAAUGCCCUUGCUGAUGCAGAGAGUAAGAUGAAGACGGUUUUUGCCGUGCAGACUCUGGAUGUGGAAGACAAGAAUGUUCUGAAACUUCACAACUGGGUGAGCCUGAAUCAACAGCUGUUGGACACCUUCAACUCAUUAAGGAAGAAAACAGUGACCAUUCAGAUCCAUCCAGAGAGAAGAGACAAAAUAACGGUGGCCGGCUUCCAGAAUCCAGUGAAAGAGGUCAGCUGCACUCUGAAGGAAUUCAUUGUGAACUACUCACGAGUUCAAGAAAUCUUUCAGGUAGAGUCCUGCGCUGUUGUUCAGUUUAUUGACAAGAAAAAAACACAAGAUUGGUGCAGUAUUGCCAAAGCUAAUGAUGUGACAGUCCGUUUUGAUGAAGAGAGGCCAAAAAUCAUCAUCACUGGGGCUCGUCUUCACGUCCAGAAAGCCAGAUUCUGCUUUCAGGAACUGACUGGCAGUCUCUUCAGCGACAGCCUUAUCAUUGACAAGCCUGGAGCCAAGAAGUACUUCCAGUCUCAAGGAAGUCUGUUUCUGUCUACAAUAAUAAUGUCAGACUUCAACUGUGUGGUGGUGCUUCGCCCAGAGAAUCAAGAGGAAGAGGAGGAAGAGAACUAUGAAGAAGGAAAUUGUUAUUGCAAAGUUCAGACCAGCAGUGGAGUUCUGGUUUCGGUUAGCAAGGCAGACAUCUGUAUGUUCAGAGUUGAUGCGGUGGUCAAUGCAGCUAAUGAAGACUUACAGCACAUUGGCGGUCUGGCUUUGGCGUUGCUUAACGCUGCAGGACCUCAGCUGCAGAAAAUCAGCAACGACUACAUUUCCACAAAUGGAAAACUACGUGCAGGUGACGCCAUCGUUACAGGUGCGUGCAACCUGCCUUGCAAGUACGUCGUACAUGCAGUCGGUCCCCGGUUCUCUGACUAUGACAUGAAGACAUCAGUGUGGCGUCUGAAGCUUGCAGUUAAAGAAAGUCUGUCUCAAGCAGAGAAGGUCCACUGCUCCACCAUUGCGCUACCUGCAAUCAGCUCAGGUGUGUUUGGUUUUCCGGUUGACCUCUGUGCUGACACCAUAGCUCAGGCAGUGCGAGAGUACUGCGAGAGUCCAGGAAGUCUGAGAUCGUUGACUGAGAUUCACCUGGUGGACAAUAAUGAUAACACAGUGAGAGUCCUGGCUGCAGCAGUCAACAGAGAGUUCGGUGACCUUGGACCUACGAUGACCGUUCCACAGUGGGCAGAAAGAAAAGGCACCGGAGCUUCAGGCAGAUAUCAGCGGGGUCGAGGUAGAGGUCAGAACCAGUCGCCCAGGGGCCAACAGUUUGGUGAAAGAGGACGAGGAAGAGGAGGAAGAGGAGGAAGAGGAGGAGGAAGAGGAGGAAGAGGAAGACGAGAAGGAGAGGCUGGGGGAACAGGAGCUGGAUCUCGGGGAGGUUGGCAAAGUAAACGGGGAGGUCAGAGCUUCAGGGGACACACCAGGCCUGGAGGGCAUGGAUGGCAUGGAGGACCCGGGAGGAUGGAGCAGACCACAGCUGGAGGCCUGAAGAUUGCUCUCUGCAAGGGAAACAUUCAGGACCAGACUACUUUCGUCAUAGUCAACACCAUAUCCGAGAACAUGGACCUGAACCGGGGAGCGGUUUCCAAAGCGAUCCUGGAGGCGGCCGGAUCCGGUCUGCAGUCAGCUGUUCGGUCUGAAGCCAGGGUGGCAACGCUGCAGCGUACUGACGUCGUCAUCACAGACGGCUUCAACCUCAGGUGUCAGAAGGUCUUUCACGCUGUUUGCCCUUUUUGGGACAAUGGAAGCGGCAAGGCAGAGGAGGAGUUAAUCACCACCGUCAGAUAUUGUCUGGAUGCGGCUGAGAAGCGACAGAUGACGUCACUGUCCUUCCCGGCCAUCGGUACGGGAAACCUGGGCUUCCCCAGAGACUUGGUGUCCAGAGUCCUGCUGAGGGAGAUCCACUCAUUCAGCCAAAAUAAAAAUCCUCGCCAUCUGAGAGAGGUGGUCAUCGUCGUUCACCCGAGUGACAGCCAGACUGUGGAUUGUUUCACCAGGGCGUUCAGAGGUCAGACUGACCAGAGAAACAUGAGGGAAGCACAGGAAUUUAACGAGGCACCAGUGGCAUCUGUCAGCCAAUCACAACAGCCCUCAGCCUCCUUCAGUCAGGUAUCGUCGCCCUCCCUCGGUGUGCAUCGGAUGCAGAUGGGUCAGCUCAUCCUCGAGGUGUCGUCUGGAGACAUCACCAAAGAGGCCAGUGAUGUCAUCAUCAACUCCUCCAGUCCGGACUUUACCCUCAAAGCAGGAGUGUCCAAGGCGAUCUUAGACAGCGCUGGAUUAAAAGUAGAGAUGGAGUGCGCACAGAUCGUGAAUUCUCCGGGUUACCAGCCUCAGCCGAUGAUCCUGACAUCGGCCGGCCAGCUGCCCAGCAAAAACAUCAUCCACAUUGUUGGUCGGAAUGAUCCUGCACAGAUCAAGGACAUGGUUAACUCAGUGCUGAAGGUCUGCGAGGAAAACAAGUUCAAGUCUGUCUCCUUCCCAGCCCUGGGAACAGGUCAGGGAGGAGCCUCACCGUCGGCAGUGGCGGACGCCAUGGUGGGAGCGGUGGUGGAGUUUGUGAGAAACAAACAGCCAAAGUUUGUUCGCAGCGUGAAGUUCCUGAUCUUCCAGACGUUCAUGGUGACGGAGUUUCAGAAGAGCAUGAUGAAGAGAGAGGAAGAGGGCGUGGAGGAGAAGAACGUCUUCACCAAGAUCAAAGACCCGGUCCCUAUAUUUGUUAGUACUGUAUCUGGUACGGAGCGGCGCAGCACUGGUGACUUGGUUCUGGAGAGGGAAGAGUUUGAGCCCACAGUGUUUCAGCUGUGUGCUGACAACAAAAAGGCUGUGAGUCUGGCUAAGAAAAGGAUUCAGGAGGUGAUUGGGGCCGAGCAGGCGGAGCGCACCAUCACAGAUCAGUACAUCAAUCAGCUGUCGCAGGCUGACAUGGACCAGCUGAAGGCCCUGCAGAGGGAACUGACGGUCAGCAUCCGUCUGGACAAAGGGCAGGAGGACCAGGAGCCCAAAAUCCACCUGGAGGGUCUGACCAGAGACGUCUUCACCGCCGAGGCUACGGUCAGGGACAUCAUCCGGAAGGUGGAGAGGACGGAGACCUUGAGGAAUAAGGCCUUGCUGGUGAGCGGGCUUGUAGAGUGGCAGUUUCAGCACGACAACAAGGCGACGGUGCCCUUCGACAUUUACACCAACCUCAACCUGGAGGAGGCUCUGGAGAAAAAACAAAGUGUGAAGAUCAAGAUCGACAACGAAAAUUACAACGCUGACGCAGUGCUCAGGAAAGCAGUUUCAGAGAAAGGCAAUAAAAUGGUGGAGCUGCUUAGAAAAGACCUGAAAGGUACAGACGCCGCUCUGCCGCCACAUUGGGAUGACAUGAAAGGCGACCUCCUCAAGCUGUUUCCUCUGACUACAGGAUCCCAGGAAUACAACGAUGUGGAGACAGAAGUUAAAAAGACCGGCCUUGCUGCAAACAUCAUCAGUAUUGACCGUGUUCAAAAUACGACACUGUGGCAGAGCUACCAGCUCCUGAAGAAACAACUGGAGGUGAAGAACCAACACACAAACAACGAGAGGCGACUGUUCCACGGCACCGGAGCCAACUCCAUCAAUCUCAUCAAUACACAAGGAUUCAACCGCAGCUACGCAGGAACACAAGUAGGUGCGAUGUACGGCAAUGGCUCUUACUUUGCAGUGGACCCGGGAUACUCGGCCAAUGGCUACGCCACGCCCGACGCCAAGGGGCACAAGCGCAUGUAUCUGGCCAGGGUCCUGGUUGGAGACUUCACCGAGGGAAAAAGUGGCAUGAUCACCCCGCCCGCCAAAAGCUCUAGCAAUUCUGCUGACCUGUAUGACAGUGUUGUUGAUCAAACUCCCAACCCAACCAUGUUUGUCAUCUUCAAUGACAUCCAGGCAUACCCAGAAUACCUGAUCACAUUUACAUGAGCUGCUGGUAGUGCAACAGCUCUGGUAAAAAAAACAAACCUGUCAUAUGUGUUGUAGUUUAACUCAGUUUAUAAAAUAACUUAUUUAUAGUAUUGUUUAAUAUCUGAUAUUGCUUAGUAUUUCUCAAAGGUGGAGUUUCCGGUUUCUUGAAAUUGGUUUCCAAACACUCAUGAAUAAAUGUAAAAGAAAGUGUCACACUGUUUCUUAAGACAGCUAAAAACAGUUUCAAUAAAUUAUCAAAAGCACUAAAAUCUUGAGGAUGAAUUGUCAUGGGUAAGGGUGCAGAGGCAAAUAGGACCCAAAUGCGGACAAAGGCGAGGAAGAUACAGUUCAAACUGAAGAUUUAUUUGAGCACAAACUAAAUGGAAACAGGCUUCCACAGAGCACAAGGCAAGAGUCCAAACAAAGGUAAUCCAAAAGGAGGUAAAUCUAACAUAAAGGCAGAGUUAUCCAAAACAAAGGAACAAACCAGAAAUCCAGGGACCAGAGCACAAUGCACAACACUCAGCAUGAGCAACAAAGGAUGUGACAAAAACUGAAUAAAACUGAGGGCUUAAAUACACAGGCAAACGAGCAGGGAGGGAAGCACAACUGAAACACAUCAGGCAAUCAACAACAGGAAACAAAGUACACGUGAGCACAGAAUACAGUAAAACAGGAAGUACAUGGGAACAUACCAGGAGAGAUCUACCAAAGUUAAACACAAAACAUGGAAAGACCACAAAAUCAGGGCAGGGAACAGAGACAGGACUACACUAAAACAUGGAGACAUAGGACUAAGGACUCCACCUGGUAAAAACAUCAAAAUAAACUAAGCUACAAAACCCUAAACAAGACAAAAUCAAAUAAUGAACCACAGCCCAGGAAUAACACUAACAUGAACUAAGACACUGGAAUAAGAACUGAGGCAAAUAACUAAAACGCAGGACUAAGAACUAAGAUAAGAGACAAGACAGAUACUAAGUAAACUAAAACAUGCAAAUGAAUAAAACAACAAGCAAGCCUAAACAGAGAAACACAGAACCAAAAACAGACUUAAACAGGAAAACAUGAAUACAAACCACAUUCCUAACAUGAAUAUUUUAAAACCUUCAACCUUUGUUUAUGACGUUGUUUUGUUUUUGGAAUAUAAUUUGAAAUACUAUAUUAAAGGAACACUGUAACCAUUUUGAAAA